AUGAAAAAAUUAUUUGAUUCUGAAAAAGGUUUUGCUCAAACCCCUCGAAUGUUAAAACCUAUUAAUAAUUCUUUUAGAUAAGGGAGUUAUGAUAAAUAUGAGUAAUAAAAAUAUUAGCAAUUGAUUCAUCAGAUUAGUCUGAGAUUUCCAUCCAUUAAGGAGAAAGUUUAACAUUAUUUCUUUUUGUUGGGAAUGUUUGAUGAUAUUAGGGUUGAUACGAUAAUUGCUUAAUUUAUUAAGAUUAUGCAAGGUUGUUUGAAAUAUUUUGAUGAAUUGCAAUGUAAAAUAUAGGAGCUUGAAGAUUAAUAUAGCAAAUAUAAAGAUGAUAAGGAGACAAAAUUAAAAGAAUAUACAUAACUAUUAUUGGAAAAGGAUUAGAUAAAAUAAAAUAAGUUGAAAAUACAAGACAAAAAUUAAUAUGUGUUGAGAAACUUAUAGCUAUAAAGAACAGUAGAGAUUCUGAGUAAUAAUUUAAAAGAAAUAAAGGAUAAAGAAAGUGUAAUAAAGCCAUUAAUAAAAAAACAGAUAUAAGAGCAAACUUAAAUAAUUGAAGAAUAGUAAGUGAUAUAAACUGGAAAUGAUUAGAUAGUCAUGGAAUUGAAAUAGCAACUGAUUUUUGCAAAAAGGCAGGAUAAGAUGUAAAUUAGUAUAAUAAAAGAAUUGUAAAUGUAAGUUUAAGUGUAGGAAGAGUAAAUAAAAAAUUAUUAAUUUGAAGUUCAAAACCUUCAAGAACAAAAACAAAGAUAUUUUGAAUUAUUCUACAUGUCAAAGGAGGAUUUAAUUAGCUAUAAGUAUUCCAUUUUAUAGAAGCUUAAUAAAAUAACCUUAUUUGAAGAUAUAAUAAAAGUGUUAUAAAAUAGAAUAGACCAUUUAACUGUGAAAAGAAGUAAAGAGAUAGAACCCCCAUUUUAGAGUAGGAUGGAUUAUGAAGAAGUUCAAAUUGCUUAAAUAGCAAAGCCAUUAGAGUCAGAAUAGGCUUUUUUUAAAUAUCUCGUAUCUUCCUCAUUGGAUUAGAAUAAUAAGAAUUCUCAAGUUAGAUAAGAUGAUCAAUUCGAUAUCUCCUUAUUGAGAUUCAAUUAUCCGCAUUUUUCUUAGUUUUUAGAUAAAUCCACUCUUGACAUAUUGUCUCAUUAAAUAGAGAGUUAAUAGAUGUCUUCGAAUUUCAUGGGUACUCUUAGAGCUAUAAUGGAUGGCAUGUAUCAGGAAAUGCAAAAGGAUUAUUCCAUCUCUUUUCAAUCCUAUGUCUUCUCAUGGUUGAGUACCUUUUAUUUGGAAAAACAUGAAAUAUAAAUAAUUCCAAAGGAUAACAAACUCUUGUCUUAAGAAUAUAUCAAUAGAUUUUAUAUUUAAUUGAUGAUACCUAGUUUUGAUAAAGUUUGGGAGAUUGUUUAAUUUCGCCAUUUCUUAAAUGAAAUAUACACAAAGGAAGAAUUAUACUUUUAUCUUCACACAAGAUUCUUGAUUAAAGGAGUGUGGAUUUAAUAGUUUGAUGCAAUAUAUGAAUUAGUUAAUUAUAUAAAAAUAGAAAAGGCAGAAAAAAUCAUUUCAUUAUUUUUGAGUAAGCUAAAUAAAUAAAACCAAAGCAUGAUUCUGAAAUCAUUAAAGUAAGCCUCAAUAGUUGUUAAUAAUAAUAUAUUAGUUCAAACAGGAUAUGUAUUAUAGUUGUUAUUAGAAAUAUUCAGGGCUGACAGAAAUCAAAGAUAUAAACAAUUAUUUACAGUCUUCCCAAAUCCUCCGAUUAGUUUUAAAAAGUUCUACGAUUUCGUAUCAUCCAACUACUCUUUAAAUUCUGGCUAAAUCGCUGAACUUUACAGAGAAGUGCAUAUGAUUUCAAAAGGACAAAUAAAUGUUAAUGCGUUUCAUGUAGCAACUUAAUUUUUUUGGAUUAAAUAAAUUAAGAAUAUGAAUUCAAGUCAAGAAUUUACUUAAGAGGACUUGAAAUAAGAAUUGUAAUAAAUACAUGGAGAUAAUUAUUUAUUGUUACAAAAAAAGAUGGAGUCCACUUUCCAAGAAGAAAUAAUUAGAAAAAUGGAUAUCUAUUAAUAUUUUACAAAUUUUGAAAUAUUUAAAAAUAAGGACAGAUUAAUUAAUUUUAUAAACCAAAUUUUAAUUGAAGAAGUAGAAUCAUAAAAACUAGAAAAAUAUAAUAAGAAUGAGCAAAUCUAGGCAAUAAUGAAGGUUCAAAAUUAUUUCAAAAGAAAGUUUCUACACAAUUACUUAACAUUGUAUUCAAUAAUUUCAUUAAAAUUAAAGUGUGUUUAAUAAAUAGAAUGA